GGUAUGCGGGUGUUGGUUUGAGGAGUAUCUGUUCUGGGUGUGUAUGUGAGACACACACACUGCAAGCAUGAGACGGAGCAGCAUGCUGAACCGAGUUCUUCUCACUGAGGCAUGAAGAAGUAACAUUGUGCCUUCAACUCCCACCAGCAGCUUCAUUGUGCAUAGUGCAUAUUUGUGUUUUGCUCCAGGACAAAUAAAAUAUUAUGCAUGCAUUGGGACUUUGUUAUAAGCCCUUUUUUUAAUUUUAGCAGCAGGGGAAGUUUGCAUUCUUCACACUAGACCUUGACUCCUCCUAUGCCUGUUCCUGUGGGUGUAUGCCCGAUAACUACUGAUACUCUAAAGGAAUAUGAUCACUCUGCGUCUUUUCAGGCGUACCGUUCCUUUUGCCAAAACUCUAAUGUGAAAUGAAAAACAACCUUUUCCUUCUGUAUUAUUAAGAUUAACACUGGUAUAGCGUGUCAUCUUUCCAGUGUGACCAACCUUACUAUUCUGAAGCUCGAUGGUGAAAUAUAUACGUUAAUAUUUUAAAUUGAGUUCAUGCUCUUCCUCUUUCUGUUUUUAUUUGUACUUCUCUGAUUGACCUUUGAGAUUCAAGAACAAGUGCUAAUGAUGACCCUGGUAUCCAGACUAGUUCUGCUACAUUCCCCUACGACCACAGGUGGAAACAGCGGGUGCUAUAUAAUGUCCUGCCACGUAGUGCAGCUGAUAACAGAGCAGUCGCUGGAUCAGGUUCAGAGACCAUUUCUAGAGGUAGGCGUGUGGAGUCAGAAAACAAAAACAAGUAGAUGUUCAGAAACUGUCGAGAAUGAAUGCAUAAAGGACCCGCUCACAGAACAUAAAGUCAGAGCGAUCCCUGUGAAGCGGCAGGAGCGUGGAACAGGUCUGCCCGGUCUGCUCCGCCGCCGCUUUUCCUGCCGACACACCUGCGGGCCGGGGAGGGGCUGAGACAGGUGGACGCUCCUUAACAGGUGGGGAGACGCCACAAGAGACAAGGAGAAGUGAGAGGAGAGAGGAGACAGUGAGGAGUUGGAAGGAACACGCUUGGACUCAAGAUUACACAAACGGGCCCAGACAGUCUCCCAAGAUGUCGAAGCAAAAGGAAUCAAAUCCUGUAAAGAUCAGCAAGAGUCAGGCCACUGACCUGGCUGUGCUGAUUUCUCGCAUGCAGAAGAAUGCAGACCAAGUGGAGAAGAAUAUCCUGCGAUCAGAGGAGCUGCUGGCUUUGGACACAGAGCGUGAUGGGAAGAAUCUGCCCCUGAUCCACCAGAAGGUGAACGCAGACAACCUGGCCGAGGCUGAGGGCCUGCUGAAGGAUCUCUUCAUGGACGUGGACAAGUCCAAGAAGCUGCAGCACCCGCAGGCUGCUGAGAUAGAGGGAGAUGUGAGAAAUCUGCAUGAUCGCUGGGUGAAUGAUUGCGCCACCUACAGGGAACUGUAUGGCCAGGUUCAAGAUUUGGACCUGACGCCAAAGAUUGACUGGGGUCCUCUGCUGGAUGAAAAAAUGAAACAGUUAAAUUCAGGGUCAUAUGGGCCCAGCCGGCCUGAUGUAGAGAAGCAGAUUGCAGCACAUAACAUUCUGCACCAGGCGAUUGAAGCCUAUAGCACCCAGCUGAACCCCAGCUCUACCACUUCACAGGAGCAGUACGCCGCCUUCAAAGAGAAAUAUGCUAAACUUUUGGAGAGCUCUAAGCAGAGACGAGCCCACCUGGCCUCUCUGUACGAGUACAUGCAGAGCUGCAGUAAAGAGCUCGUCUACUUGUCUGGCCAGCAGGAUAGGAUCCUCCAGAGAGACUGGAGUGAUCGCAUGGUCGACCCCCCAGGCGUCCGCAUGGAGUAUGAGAAAUUCAAAAAUAAUGCACUGCUAGCACACGAGAAUGAGAUCAACCAGCUGCAGGCAGAAGGAGAUCGUCUUGUUCAAAUGAAACACCCUGGCAGCCCAACAAUAAAGGCACACAGAGACGCUCUGCAAGCUGAGUGGCAAGCCUUCCUCAACUUGUGUCUAGCACAGGAAAUACACCUGGACAACGUAGAAGAAUACAAGAAGUUCCAGCUGGAUGCAGAGACGUUGUCUGAGUCGCUGGAGAGACUCAAUUCCUCUUUGGACCCAAAGUCUCUGGGCAACAAGAGCAACCCUGAGGUUUUGUUGACACUGAAGGGAGAUGAACCAGCAGUUAUGAGGAAUGAGCAGCGCCUGGCUGCACUCAGGGAGCUCAGCAGCAACGUCGUGCCUCUGAAGUUACGGCGAAUCAAGCCCACGAAACCCACCACUGCAGUGUCGCUGUGUGACUGGAGAGAUGAAGAGGACACAGUGAGACGUGGUGAGAAGCUAAACCUGAAGUCCAACUCUGAUAAUAACAACUGGGAGCUUCAGGGCAGCAAUGGAAAGAUCAGAACCCUCCCUGGGGCAUGUUUCAUGGUCCCACCACCUGAUGCUGAGGCCCUGGAGAAAGUAAACAGUCUGGACAGAGCGCUGAUGGACUUAAAGAGCCGUAGAUCUGCACUCAUGGCCUCCUUGAAGAACCCUGCCGUGGAGAUGGAUCACCCUCAGAAGGCAGCCACUGAAAAGAGUAUUCCAGAGAAUCCAAGAACUACAGAGCUCGCCAGUGAAAUAGACAAGCUCAACAGAGACCUGGAUCAGAGCCAAAAAGAAAUCCUGAGUCGACUCAGAACCCCGCUAGACAACCGUAACCCCACACAAGACCUGGCGAACAGGCUGCAAGACCACGAGAAAUGUGCUCAGACAGUGAGAAAGCUGGAGUCUAAGAAGGCUGCGGUCCAGAGAGAGAUGGAGCCCAUUCUGGCCAAGAAACCCCUGGGACCCAUUGCCUCCACCCUGCCCCCCAAACUCAGUGCUACCAACAACAAGAUUGAUGACAUCAACACCCUCAUCGAUCUUUAUAAUAAAAAAGCGACAGCCUCCAUGUUUCUUGAGAAGCAGGCGCAGAACGUGGACGGCAUGGUCUCUGGUUUUGAGCAGCAACUCGCUAAAGAUGGCAACAUCCUCGAUCAACCUAAUGCCCUCCCGGGUCGCAACCAACAGCUGCAGGUUGUGCGUAUGGAGGUCGCCUCAAAGAAGGAUGAGUUGAAUAAAUUAAGCAAAGACUUGGACCUGACAGAGCAAGCAUGCAGCUCCCUGCAGCGGAGUUUCAAUGAAUACUGUCCUGAUAUCCGCCGCCAGGAGAAUGUUGUGAAACAGCUGAAAAACCGCUACACGAACAUCAAUAAUCAGCUCCAGGAAAAGGUUGCACUCACACAGGAAGCAAUCAAUAAAAAAAAAGAUUUCGAGAAUGCUGUUCAGUCACUGGAUUUCUUCUUGGUCAAUUUGCCCAAUAAUACGAUCAAACCGACUGAUGAUGUGGCACAGAUAACAGCCAAGCAGAACUCUCAGAAGAAAGUGAUGGAGGAUAUCAAGAGGAAAUCAGGUGAUUUAGACAAUCUCAAGUUCCUUUCCCGUGAUCUGCAGAGCAUCUUAAAUGAGUAUGAGGUUAAGUCAAACACGUACCGUGGCACUCUGAAUGAUGACGGUGAUGACGGUGAUGAUGAUUAUGAUGAACCAAUCCUAAAGAAACGUCAAAUAUCUAUGGCUCAGUCUAUACAGACAAAGGAGAAAGAUCUACUGAACCGUUUCUCUGAGGCGUCUGCAGAAAAUGACCAGCUGCUCAAGCAGUUGGGGAUUGCGAAGAACAUCAAGGCCCAGAAUGAAGAGAAAAUUAGUCAGGUAGUCGUCAAUCAGCAGCUGCAGCUACAGAGCCAGAAGAAGGACCUGGAGGAGAGUGAUAGUCUUAAAAAUGAAUUAAGCGAGGAGGUUGAGAGGCGCUUACAUGCUGAAAAAGAACUGGAAACAUACCGGAAGAGGUUUGUGUCUCUAAGGAGCAGGAGGGGGGUGGAGAGGUUGGAGGAGAAGGAGGUAGUGGAAUACUACCGUGACCCAAAAGUGGAGGUGGAACUACAGUCCCUGAAAACUCGGAUCCAGGAUGAAGCAUUGAAGAGGUCAAGAACCCAUUCAGAGUUAGAAAUGAUCAAUGACAAGAUUCUCAAACUGGAAAUACAGCUGUCCAGAAUCGAACCACAAAUGGUCACCAAGGUUUUGACUGAAUAUGAGAGAGACCCGCAGCUUGACAAAGAAGCUGCCAGGAUUAGAGAAGAGAUGCAGGCGAUACGACUGGAGCUUCAAACGAGAGAAACCGAGGCAGUUCAUGUGAAAACUGAGCUCACGCUUUUGUCUCAGCAGAAACCAAAAAUCAGGGAGACGGUUGUUAAGAAAGAAGUGGUGAGGCUCGAAAAGGAUCCGAAGAUGCUGAAAGCUGUUCUCACGUUCCAGAAUGAUAUUGCGGAAGAGGAAUCCCGGUGCAAGUCUCUCAACGAUAACAUUUUUAGAACAAGGAGCCAAAUAAACACACUAGAGAGGGUCAUUCCCACCAUUGAACCCAAGAUAGUCACCAAGGUUGUGAAGCAAGUACAGCAAGAUCCAGAAAUGCUUGAAGAGUCGCGGAAACUACGAAUGGCCUUGGAAGAGGAGAACAAUGAGAAUGCUAUCUUGAUGAAGGACCUGACCACCCUUCAGCUCCGUUAUGGUGAAGUGGACAAGCUCAGGGCAAAGGUCGAGGUCAAGGAGAUCCUCAAUGAGAUCUAUAGAGUUGAUCCUGAGACAGAAGUCAUGCUGGUGCGUCUGAGGAAAGAGCUGCAGGAUUUGAGCCGUAACCGUGCAGACCUGGAGAAGGAAAUCACCACUGUGAUAGAGAAUCUGACUACCCUGCGUGCUCAGAAACCUCAAGUGGAGUACAAGGAGGUGACGCAGGAGGUGAUCAAAGAAGAAAAAAGUCCAGAAGUCAUCAGGGAAUUGCAAAGGCUGAACAACCAAGUUUCCCGUCUGCAAGUCAACUAUGACACCACCCUAGAGCUGCUGACACGCCUUCGUAAAGAAAGAGAUGAGUUGAAAGCUGAAAAAUCCAAGGUGGAGACCAAGCUAGUCAAUAAAGAGGUCAUCAAAUAUGAGGAUGAUCCUCUUCUUGAGAAAGAGGCUGACAGACUUCGGAGGAAUGUAAGAGAAGAGAUUCAGCAACGGCGCAGUGUGGAGGAGAAUCUCUUUGACCUCCAGAACCAAUACAUUGUCCUUGAAAGGCAGAAGCCAGAAGAGAAGAUUGUAAUGCAGGAAGUAGUGCGCCUUCAGAAGGACCCCAAGCAGAUCCUGGAGCAUGAAAAGUUGAACAAGACCCUGGAUGAUGAAUUGAAAGCCCGUAGAAAACUCGAAUUAGAGGUCAGACAGCUCAGAGCCCUGGUUCAAGAAAAAGAGAAGGCCCUGGCUCAGAUGGAUGAACGUCAGAAGAAGAUUAAAGUAGAGUCAGAGCUCAGGCAAAUCAAAUCUCGCAUUCUUGAACUGGAAAAUGCUCCGCCGCCCGUUGAGGAAAAGAUUGUCAUUGAGGAGGUCUUGAAAGUGGAGAGGGACCCUAAGCUGGAAAAACUUAGUGAUGAUAUACGUGUCGAAUUGGAGACUGAGGGCACCAAUAUCAAUCGUCUAGAGAGAGAAAUCCGCAACCUUAAGAUCAAGUUGGAAAUUCUGCAAAAGGAGAAGUCAGUUGAGAAAGUUGUUUACAGAGAAGUUGUUCGGGUAGAGAAAGACCCAGCAGUGGAGGCUGAAAGGGAACAUCUAAGAGAGUUGGUAACGCAGGAGAGAAAUCUCAGGCGCAACCAGGAGGAUGACAUUCAGAACAUCAACAUCAAAAUGACCCAUCUGCAGACAUCGAAGUCUGUGACUUCUCAGGAGGAGACCGCUGUCAUCGCCAACAGAGAUGCUCUGCAGAGAGAGAAGGAGGAUCUCUUCAAACAGCUCAAAAUGCUAGAGUCUCAAAGACAGAGCAUCAGCAUUACCUUCCAGCAACAGUCCAAGCUGAUGAGUGAGAGAAACCAGAUGGCACGGCAGAGGAGUCUUAAAUCAUCCUCUCAAGUGCAACAGCUGGAGAAAGAAAUCCUAAAUGAAAAAGACAAAAUACACCAGAGAGACACACUCAUCACUGAGCUGCAGACCAGCAUUAAGAAAGAGGACCAGGCUGAAACUCACACCAGAGAGACAAAUCUUUCCACAAAGAUCACCAUCAUGGAUCCAGAAACUGGUAAAGACAUGUCACCCUAUGAUGCCUACUUGCAGGGGCUAAUUGAUCGCAGCCAGUACAUCCACCUGUCAGAGUUGGAGUGCGACUGGGAGGAAAUCACUUCAACUGGCCCUGAAGGGGAUGUAACAAUUCUGCAGGAUCGCAAAAGUGGGAAGCAGUACUCUGUCAAGGAUGCUCUGAGGGAAGGUCGCUUGACCCAGCAUGACGUGAGCCGCUACAAGGAAGGGAAAAUGCACAUUUCUGAGUUUGCACUCCUUGUUAUAGGGGAAACCAGAAAGCCCUAUAUUCCUCAAGUAACAGCCCCGAGAUCACCCACCAAACCCGCCCCAACCUCUUCUUUGAACUCCAUGCCAUCCUCCCUGAGGUCCUCCUACACCAGCCUCAACACUCAACAAAGUGGCGGUUUGAACUCCAUGCCAUCCACCCUGAGGUCCUCCUACACCAGCCUCAACACUCAACAAAGUGGCGGUUUGAACUCCAUGCCAUCCACCCUGAGGUCCUCCUACACCAGCCUCAACACUCAACAAAGUGGCGGUUUGAACUCCAUGCCAUCCACCCUGAGGUCCUCCUACACCAGCCUCAACACUCAACAAAGUGGCGGUUUGAACUCCAUGCCAUCCACCCUGAGGUCCUCCUACACCAGCCUCAACACUCAACAAAGUGGCGGUUUGAACUCCAUGCCAUCCACCCUGAGGUCCUCCUACACCAGCCUCAACACUCAACAAAGUGGCGGUUUGAACUCCAUGCCAUCCACCCUGAGGUCCUCCUACACCAGCCUCAACACUCAACAAAGUGGCGGUUUGAACUCCAUGCCAUCCACCCUGAGGUCCUCCUACACCAGCCUCAACACUCAACAAAGUGGCGGUUUGAACUCCAUGCCAUCCACCCUGAGGUCCUCCUACACCAGCCUCAACACUCAACAAAGUGGCGGUUUGAACUCCAUGCCAUCCACCCUGAGGUCCUCCUACACCAGCCUCAACACUCAACAAAGUGGCGGUUUGAACUCCAUGCCAUCCACCCUGAGGUCCUCCUACACCAGCCUCAACACUCAACAAAGUGGCGGUUUGAACUCCAUGCCAUCCUCCCUGAGGUCCUCCUACACCAGCCUCAACACUCAUAGUAGCAGUUCGAACAACCUCAGUCCUUCAGCAGGUGAUGAAUAUUUCCCCAUCUCUGGUAUUUUUGACACCACCACUGAAAGCCGCAUGUCUGUGAGAAGUGCCCUGACCCGCAAACUCAUUGACGCCGACACAGCUCUGAAGCUGCUGGAGGCACAGGCAGCCUCCGGUGGAAUAGUAGAUCUCGCCAAAAAGGACAAACUGUCUGUCCACAAGGCAGCUGAACAUGGCCUUAUUGACACGGGUCACAUGUAUAAGCUUUUGAAUGCCCAGAAGGCUUUCACUGGAGUCGAGGAUCCCGUGACCAAAGAGCGUCUUGCAGUGGGACAAGCAGCACAGAAAGGGUAUAUUCCCCAAGAAAACGCCAGGAGGUACAUGGAGGCGCAGCACCUGACCGGUGGGCUGGUGGAUCCCUCUAAAGCAGGCCGCCUCACUGUCCAAGAAGCUCUCGCCAAAAAUCUGAUCGACAGCACAACAGCAAAAGAGCUGCAAGAUGAAGCUUCCUUCACAAAAGAGCUGGUAGACCCCAUCACUAAAGAGAAGAUAUCAUACAAGCAGGCGAUGGAUCUGUGUAAGAAAGACAUCAGCACAGGCCUGCUGCUGCUUCCUGCAGCCUCCACUGAUGCCGCAAAUGCCCCGUCAUACUCAAACUAUCGGUUCAGUUCCUCCUACAGCAAAGUCUAGAUGUGAAGUUAAAAUGUUUUAUUUGCUGCAGCCACUGGUGCUAGAGGGUGUUUGAUAUUGCAAAAUGAUACUUGUAAAGUGUUUGGUGAAACUGUACAUGUAGGUCUGGGUCUUUUUCAGUGCUAUUUUUUUCUGUCUGCUGUACAAAAAGAGGGCAAUGUUUGUUUUAUAUGCUAAAUUGGUUUUUUUUCAGCACUUUCAAGCUAAAAAGUGCUUAUUAAACGCCACAAG